UAUCCUGCCUUUAAAAGCCUUCCUCAGUCAGUUCUUAAGUGCCUUUCAGUAUAGCCUUUAGGAGUGUAGGCUCUGGGCUGCAAUCUUGGUUCCUCCUAUUUGCUGUGCAACCCUGGCAAGUUACUUAACAUGCCUGGGAGAAAUACGGAGCAAUGUAUAUGAGAAAAACUGAGGUCAGAAAAACUGAUAGACCAUUUUAGAGGUGCAAGUAUCCUGAUGUUCAGCAUUCCCUUACCAUUUCAUUUCCCUGUUCCUGUCUAUGGGAAUAUUCAUGGAGCCUUCAUUAUGUAGGAACACUGAGCAUAGGCCAGGCAUUCCAGAUGGCAUAGCUACAAGCUGCAGAGAGCCACCCGAUCCACACCAGACUGCAAAGAUAUGCAAAUUAAAAAAAUCACUGAAAUGGUUGAAAUAGAACAGAAUACCAACAGAUGGUGAAGAUAUGGAGCAACAGGGAUUCUCAGACACUGCUGAUGUGAUUGUUAAUUUGUAUAACCACUUUGGCUUCCCUUCAAGGUAGGAAAAAGAUCCCAAUUUCACUUCCCAUAUUAUGGCCCACAUCCUCACCUGGACUCUGUGCUGCACAGGAGCAUUGCAAAUAAUCUACAUUAGUGGUUUUAAGAAGGUCACUUGGCAGCAGCAUAUCAAGAGUGGAUUCCCCAGGAACAAGGGAGGAAGUAAAGAAGCUGCUAAAGUGGCUUUCCAGGAGAGACAUGAUGGUGGCUUCAUCUAGGGCGGGUAGCAGAAGAGACCAGAAGAGUUGUAUUUUGACUGAUUUUUGGACCACAGUUGCUGAUGGAAUUGGAUUUGCACCUGACCCAGGACUUGGAGAAGCUGAAGGAGAAGAUACAGAGGGAGCUGGAGAGGCCAAGGGCACAGCUGCUGCCCCCCUCCUACAAGAUCUCACAGCACUCUGAUGAACUGAAGAAACACACGUCCCCACUGCCCACCUCCCAUCAAGACACAACGGGACAUUGGACUGUGCUUUGGGAUGCUUUUGAAUGGAACUGGAUGAAGAGAAUCCAAGAGGUGCCAUGGGGAUUAUUUUUCUUCCCCUCAUGGCUCCCAAGUUUGCUCCUACCUUUUAUUUGCUCCAAGACCUCAAGCAGAUGUUUCUUCCUAAAAUUGAAAUGAAUGAAAAUCCACAGGACAGUGUGAUUUACGUGGAAAGGAUUCACUAGAAGCAAGUUACAACAUGUACCUGUGUGACCAAUGGGAAGAGGCUAUAACAGGCUUUCACCAUCACUAGGUGACAGCCUUCAAGGAGGAGGGCAAGGGAGCCAGGACACAAAGUGAAGGGAGAAAGGAUGGAGCAACUCUGGAGGGACAAGUGGAAGAUACUCAGCACAACCAACACUACGUAACAUAUCAGGCAGAAUUUGAUCAAAAGAGGAUGCCCCAUGGACCCAGACAAACCUGAUUUCACAUCCUGGAUCUAUAAGUAUCAGGAGCUAGGCCGGUAUAAAGUGAGAGGACGCCCGGCGGCCCCGCCCGCCAGCUGCAGCCCCUACCUGGCACCUUGGUCACUCCACCCGCUGGAUCCCAGAGAGCCCCUAGCUCCAUUGCACCAUGUGUGGGAUUUGGGCCCUGUUUGGCAGUGAUGACUGCCUUUCUGUUCAGUGCCUGAGUGCUAUGAAGAUUGCACACAGGGGUCCAGAUGCAUUUCGCUUUGAGAAUGUCAAUGGAUACACCAACUGCUGCUUUGGAUUUCAUCGGUUGGCAGUGGUUGACCAGCUGUUUGGAAUGCAGCCAAUCCGAGUGAAGAAAUAUCCUUAUUUGUGGCUUUGUUACAACGGUGAAAUCUACAACCACAAGAAGAUGCAACACCAUUUUGAAUUUGAAUACCAGACCAAAGUGGAUGGUGAGAUAAUCCUUCAUCUUUACGACAAAGGAGGAAUUGAGCAAACAGUUUGCAUGUUGGAUGGGGUGUUUGCAUUUAUUUUGCUGGAUACUGCCAAUAAGAAAGUGUUCCUGGGCAGAGAUACUUAUGGAGUCAGGCCUUUGUUUAAAGCCAUGACGGAAGAUGGAUUUUUGGCUGUGUGUUCAGAAGCUAAAGGUCUUGUUAACUUGAAGCACUCCACAACUCCUUUUUUAAAAGUGGAGCCUUUUCUCCCAGGACACUAUGAAGUUUUGGAUUUAAAGCCGAAUGGCAAAGUUGCAUCAGUGGAAAUGGUCAAAUAUCAUCACUGUAGAGAUGAGCCCCUGCAUGCGCUCUAUGACAAUGUGGAGAAACUCUUCCCAGGUUUUGAGCUAGAAACUGUGAAGAACAACCUCCGGAUACUUUUUGACAAUGCCAUAAAGAAACGCUUAAUGACAGACAGAAGGAUUGGCUGCCUUUUAUCAGGGGGCUUAGAUUCCAGUUUGGUUGCUGCCACCCUGUUGAAGCAGCUAAAAGAGGCUCAAGUACAGUACCCUCUCCAGACAUUUGCGAUUGGCAUGGAAGACAGUACUGAUUUACUCGCUGCUAGAAAGGUGGCAAAUCACAUUGGGAGUGAACACCAUGAAGUCCUCUUUAAUUCUGAGGAAGGCAUUCAGGUCCUGGAUGAAGUCAUAUUUUCCUUGGAAACUUAUGAUAUUACAACAGUACGUGCUUCAGUAGGUAUGUACUUAGUCUCCAAGUAUAUUCGGAAGAACACAGAUAGUGUGGUGAUCUUCUCUGGAGAAGGUUCAGAUGAGCUUACGCAGGGUUACAUAUAUUUUCACAAGGCUCCUUCUCCUGAAAAAGCCGAGGAGGAGAGCGAGAGGCUUCUGAAGGAACUCUACUUGUUCGACGUUCUCCGGGCAGAUCGCACUACUGCUGCCCACGGCCUUGAAUUGCGUGUCCCUUUCCUGGAUCAUCGAUUUUCUUCCUAUUACUUGUCUCUGCCCCCAGAUAUGAGAACUCCCAAGAAUGGGAUAGAAAAACAUCUCCUGAGAGAGACAUUUGAGGACUCCAAUCUAAUACCUAAAGACAUUCUCUGGCGGCCAAAAGAAGCAUUCAGUGAUGGAAUAACCUCGGUUAAGAAUUCCUGGUUUAGGAUUUUACAGGAAUAUGUUGAACAUCAGGUUGAUGAUACAAUGAUGGCAACUGCAGCCCAAAAAUUUCCCUUCAAUACUCCUAAAACUAAGGAAGGCUAUUACUACCGUCAAAUCUUUGAACGCCACUACCCGGGCCGGGCAGACUGGCUGACCCAUUACUGGAUGCCCAAGUGGAUCAAUGCCACGGACCCUUCUGCCCGCACUCUGGCCCAUUACAAGUCAGCCGCCAAAGCCUAGGCACCAUCUGAGCUAUCCAGUGAAAGGAAACGUUCCUCCUGUGAUGAGUAGGGGGCUUGGGGGCAGGAGGGGGAGCAGUGAGCAUCAACCAUUCCGGCUUUUUGGGCAUGGAAAAAAUAAAAGUCUUGAAUCUGA